GUGCAAUUAAGUGUGACUCUAUUAGCAAACAAACCCUAUCCAAAGUCGCUUACAAAUGGGCAGGAAAGUUACAGUGUAUAAACCUACGAGUGUUUUAUACACUAAAGAUCAGCUAAUGAAUGUUUUCAAGAGCUAUGAUGCUGAUGGAGAUGGAAAACUUUCAAGGGAAGAGCUUAAGAAAGCAUUCAAAUAUCUUGGCUCGCGUUGGGGUUCUUAUAGAGCUGAUCAGGCACUCCGGUGUACUGAUGCUAACGAUGAUGGGUACAUUGAUGAAAAGGAGUUGGAAAAGCUAGUUGAUUACACCCUAGAACGCCGGUGCCAUACAUUUAACUAGAACACGAAUGAAGCUAUUUGUUUCCUGUUGAACUUUCUCUGAAGAAUCUCAUUCUAAAGUGUGUUGCAAUAAUUUAUAUUAAUCGAUAGGAUGCUGCAAAGCAUGGCCAUCCGAGUUUGCUAAAGGUCGGCUGGUGGGGUUGGGUGAAUCCUUGAUUUUAUUCUCACUAUAGUAACCCCCAAUUGAGGCCGCAACAUGUCGGAAAUGACAAGAAUUAUAGAGAAAUGGGAGCUUCCUAAAGGCUCCAAACCAAUCUCAAGUAUGAGACAAACACUGAAUAUCUCUAUUGAAUUGGAAAAGGCGAGAUCAUUAACUUAAGUCAACAAGUUUAAGCCAGUGUCACAUCAAUGCCACACAAGUCAUUUGAUUCAUUUUGAGUGCAAGUACUUUCUCAGCC